CAGACAAACGAAAGUUGUUCAAAUAAAGCUUCCAGUCUGUUGAGUGGAAAGGGAGUACAAUUGGAUAUCUGUCGAGAUGCAUGCGUUUGAGAGCGAAUGGUGAAGUUUGGAGAUAAGCCGUUGUAGUGCAACACCAGCGAACGCACUGGGGAGCCGCUGUGUUACAAAUAGAGGGCAGUCCAGCAGGAGCUGACACCUUUGCUCACAAGCUCAUUCUCUGCUGAAUCUGCCCGGGGGCUGUCAGCAAGACGGAUGAAAAUGACGGAAAAUAUCCCAGUUAUCGACUAUGUAUUAGUGUAUGAAUGUGAGGACGGACGCUGUGAUCCUUAUGCUAAGCAGAGGAAGGAAUUUCUGAGAGAGGUGCAGAACACCGGACUGCAUUUAGAGUUCAAUAUAUCCAGGGACGAGUGGGAGAAAGAAGCGCAGACUGGGCGGAAAAUAGCCAGAGACAAGUUUCGAAUUGUUAAAAUCUAUGCUCCCUUUGAGCUCUUAAGCCAAACAGCUGAGAGGAUGAGAUUGAAGAUGCCUUUGGCAGAGGGUGUCGAUGUGAAAUUGCCUGGGCGCUUACAGAGGUUCAUGGCUCGUUUUGCAACUGAGGUCGUAGUCAACUUUAUAGGUGCACACUAUGAACAUAACAAAAGGCAUCUGUUCCGAGGAUUUGAAAAUGAAGAAACGUUUUUUCGCCCUGCCUUGAGAUCGCUAAUCGUUCAUUACAUCCUCACAAACAUACCUAUAGAUGUUAAGGCUGCUGAUGCAGAAGCAGCAACACGCAAGGUUAGAGGAAAGGUUCCAGCUCUGCCAUACUUGGUUAUGAAGAAGGCAUUUAAAUCUGCUUUUAUACUGCAUGACUUGAAAAUAUGCCAAUCUGAUGUAGAUUCUAGCCAAUCAUCACCUCAAGACAGGGGUGGCACCAAAUCAACCACUCCUAUGAAUGAAUGGACAAUGCUUAAUAACUUGUGGGCAAACACCUAUCUGAAAUUCCAGCCCCUCUGGAAAAUACGAAAUUACUUUGGUGAAAAAAUUGCACUUUAUUUUGCUGUGAUGGAAACACUUCUAAUUAGUCUCAUUAUCCCUGUGCUCCUUGGCUUGGGCGUUUUCAUUUAUGGUCUUUAUUGCAGUAUAUCUUGUUACAAUGCCAGCAAUGACCUUGAUGAGAUUUUGCGUGGACAUAAUUUCAACAAUAUCUGUUUGUCUUCAAACUUGAUCACCGAAGUGGUAGACCAAGCUGUGGAUAGAAUUCGGGAUGUAUGUAAUAAUAUUGCUGGAAGGAAAAUUAUAAUUGAAAAAGCACUUAAUACAACAUGUACUAAUAAGACCUGGAGAAAUGCAAAUUUUCAAAUUUCUUCUGAUGAUUUCUUUACUGUGAUCCAAUCGUCUUUUGAUAAUGAAGCAACACCCUGGUUUGGUCUUGUCGUUUGCCUGUGGGGAACAGUCUUUUUGGAAAUGUGGAAAAGGAUUAAUGCAAAACUGGUUUAUGAAUGGGAUGUUGAAAACUUUGAAAAUGAUGAGCCAGCCAGACCUGAGUUUUAUGGAACAAAUGUUAAAAAGCUUUACGUUUUGCUACUAAAGAUGUUAAAUAUAUUUGAACAUUCAAAAGAUCCAGUAACAAGUGAAUUUGAGCCUUACUACCCAGGUACUCUGCGACGCACAAAAAUGUUAUUUUCAUUUUUAGUGGGAAUUCUGAUGGUUUGCUGGGUAUUUGCCAGUCUUAUUGCAGUGGUUAUAUACAAAACAUGGGCAAGGCUUACAAUAACAACUUCCAGCUCUUUGGAGAGUUUUCUAUUGACCACAGUUGGUGCCUCACUCCUCAACGUAGUGUCUAUUAUAAUCACAGGGAAGGUGUAUCAGAUAAUUGCGGUUAAAAUGACAGAUUGGGAAAACCACAGGACUCAGACCAAUUACAAUAAUGCCUUGAUAUUAAAGCUGUUUGCCUUCCACUUUGCCAAUAGUUAUGCUUCGCUGUUUUACAUUGCAUUUCUGAGAAAGAGCAAUCAGAAAUUUUUUCAAUUACUUGGACUGACUGAUUUUGAAGAUAAUUGUGGGGUGCUGAACAAUUGUAUGUCAGAGCUUGGUAUUCAAGUUGUUAUACUCAUGAUCUUCAAACUAUUUCCAAAACUUGUGACGGAUAUUUUGAUACCAUGGUUGCAGAAGUCUAAAAACAGAAUCUACAGCAAGUUGAAAGUGACGUUAUCUGCACAAAAUACUUCACAAUUAACAGUGGAUGAUUGUAUUAUAAAAGAAUCCAUGAAACCAGACCUUGGAGAUUUCACACUGGAGGAAUAUACAGAGAAAAUCAUACAGUAUGGUUACCAAAUGCUUUUUUCCAUCUCCUUUCCUCUGGCACCACUUCUUUUCUUCAUAACCAUUCUGUGUGAUAUACGUGUUGAUGCCAAGAGACUGUUAUGGAUGUAUAAACGCCCCAUUGCUUUCAUGGCUCAAAACAUCGGUCAAUGGUUGACAAUAUUAGAUCUGAUCAAUGGAGUAGCAGUGGUGACCAAUGCCUGCGUGAUUGCUUUCAACACAGAUUUUGGGAGGGAGAGGCCUUUCCAUGAACAAUUGAUCAUCCUCAUUGUAAUUGAGCAUAUAGUAUUUGUGGUGAAGUUCCUGCUGUCGACUAUCAUACCAGAUAUUCCUCAACAUGUACUCCUGGCAAUGAGGAAGGAGAAAUAUCAAGUUGCGACAAAAAUGAGAGGUUAUCCAAGCAGCCUUCACCAAUUCUAAUGAUUCUAGACAAUCUCAACAUGGCUAUUCUCCAGCAUCUGCAGUUCCCAUUGUUACUGUGCCACCAUGAUGUCCCUUUAGAAAACAAGUCUGGACUCAGGAAGGAUCUCACUGUUGCUCCAAUUUGGACUUUGCCGCUUUGGCUUUCAUUAGGAAACUUUGCAGCCACUGCUCGCCUCCAGGCUUGCUCUGGUCUGUUCCACCCUGAUGCAAUGCGAACCACAGAACACUCUACUCCCUCAGAAGAUCCGAAAUUUGUCAUGAUUUGAAAGCAGAGCCUGAUCCAGACUUUCUCCUCUCCCACUGAUCAGAUCCAGAGUUUAACUGUUCAUAACAGGUUGAUCUCAGUGCUGUCUGGUCAUAACUGCAAAGCAAUGACCUCUAAUGGAAAAUGUGUGGUCAGUGGUCAAAUUGAUACUUCAUGCUGGGAGUCGAGCAUGAAGGAUGACAACUGCUUAUGUCUAUGGACCAUUGACCCAGUGCUGGGAAAAUGAAACCGGGAAAAACAUGAGGUGACAAGAUUCUUAAUAUGAUCAGGUGGGAAAUUUUCACAGAAAGAUUCUCUCGGGUUAGAAUCCUUCGUUUCGGCCUAAGUAUAAAGAAACUGCAAUGUAAAAAUUCAAUGCUGCCUUGACAUAGUUAUUCCUAUGCAAUAGGAAAGUUCAGCCACAGAACUCUCCCAUUGAUCACGAAUAGUGAAUCUGCUCCACUCGCAAAAGCCCAAGUUCAAAUGUACUUCUCAAAAGACUGCAUGACGUCUGACUAUCUGAGCCUAGAACAAGAGGAUGCAGAACAGUAAGGAAUUCUAAUCCUGAUGCUGAAAGCUCACGUGCAGAACACCAUUCUGUCAAGAAUCAUACAUACAUAUGUUAAACAGAAACCAGAGUGUUUUUACUUUCAGAACGAUGAUGUACUUGAGCUUAUUCAUUCACAAGAUGUGGGUAUCCCUGAUAAGGCCAGCAUUUAUUGCUCAGCUCUAGGUGCCCUUGGGAAAAUGACAAUGAGCCGCUGCAGUCCAAUCUGAUAAGCUGUGUGAAAUCAAAUGUUACAGUGUAUGUAUGAUCUGCUGACAUCAAGGUAUGUUAGCUAACUGUCCUAACAGAUAGAUCCUAAACAUCAGAACUUCCAACUAAAACCACACAGGAAAAGCCAUUGUAACGGCUUGUUCAAUGAUAUUGGCUCUGUGAACAUAAAUAUUCUUACAUACCUUGCUGGACUAAACUACCACCUUCCUGCAGCCAAUUCACCAGAAGAUGAUCUACACUAAGCAGGCAUUAAAUGAUUUGUUUGCAAAGAUACUUUUCAAAUUGCAUUGAGCUCGUAAUUUUCAUCAAUACUUGCUCGGUACCAAAAGCAACAAAGUUUAGUAAUGUUCAUUCUUUCAGUGCUGUUUUGUCAAUUUAAAAUGGGCUCAACUUCCUGCUUUACCCUUAUGAAACUUGAUUCUUAUACGUGUGAUAUACAAUAAAUCAUUUACUUGCUUCCACUUUCUAUAUAACUGUAUCAGUAUGUUGUCUCUACUGCUGCUAUUUGUGGAUGCAUUGUUGUAUUUUUACUAAUAGCAGCCAUGUCAUUUUCAGUGAAUAUGGGGUAGUUUAUAAAUACUGCUCAAACAAGCGUAGAGUCAGUGGAACAGCCUUGCCUGCCAUUGGCACCAAGCCCGAAUCUUAAUAAUGUUAAUUAACCUUCAUGAAAACCAGUAGUGCCUUCAGCCUAUGAUUUUACAAGGCUGCACAAAGCCCUCCACAACUUGGCACCACCUGGACCUACCCUGACUUUCCCUAAUUGGGAUACUACUCAAUGGUGCUUCAAUGUGAUGUUUCAUGUGCGAUAUCCCAUACCACCCAUACACCAAUAUGAGAGAUUGUUGGUUUCCUUUUGGCAAUGAUUUCUCAACCUCUCUACUUUACAUCAGCAUGCCACACACCCAACACCAUUGAGAGACUAUUCCACAUGGCUGUUUCUACUGAGAGACAGCUGCAUCAGCCUCUACAAUAUUUAACUACGGAGAGGCUGGCAAAUCUCAUUCAAGUACAAAUCCUAAUUGGAAAAUUAAACAAGGUUUAAAAUGGACAGAAAUAUGACAUUUUUCUGUUCAGUUACACUCUUUAUACUCUUUUGUGUAAAGAUCAGUGAACUGACUGUAAUAUUUAAUUUCUUCUAAACAAUUUAUUGAGCACAACAAAUAAAUGCUGAUAUUGUUUAUUUUGUUCUGAAUGUCAAUCAAUUGCUUAUAAAGAUGUUAUACUUCCAUCCUAUCCCUAAAGUACAUGCACCAUUCAGCUGAGAUCCAUUAAUA